GUAUGGAUAGGAAUAAUUAGACUAGUUAAGAAUUUAACUAAUCUAGAUUCUAGAGCCCUUUAGUUAUUUCUUGACGUCUACUUUGACAAUUUAGGGUUUCCGAAUCGGACAUCAUCUCUCGCUCGUCGAUCACCGGAAGUCGCAUAUCAUGGCGGGUGUUUCUGGAAGUGAACACAGGGAGCCGAUAAACGAGCAAGAAGUUGCAGCCAAGUAUGGCAGCAUAAGAACAGAGAUGAAUCAAAUUUACUCCAAAAUCACAGAACUCGAGAUGGAAGUAAGCGAACACUCGUUGGUCAUUAACGCCAUACAGCCACUCGAUCCUACAAGGCGUUGCUACAGAAUGAUUGGCGGCGUGCUCGUUGAAAGAACGAUCAAGGAAGUUUUGCCAGCUGUCCAACAAAACAAGGAAGGAAUUGAAGUGGUAAUUGCUCGACUUAAUGAAGCGUUGGAGAGGAAGAAGAAAGAGUUGACUGAUUUUGAAACUAAGUACAAGAUUCGGAUUAGGAAAAAUGAUGGUGAGUCUGUGGAUGAUAAUAGCAAGAAAGAAGGGUCUGCACAGGGUGUUCUUGUGGGUCCCGCUAAUGCGUAAUGUUUUGUGUUCGUUUAAUUGAUUUCGUUCAGGUUAUUGUGUGUUCAUAGACGAUGAACAUGAACAUGAUAUGAAGGUUUGUAGUAGUUGGGGGUUCUUUAGUUUUUGCUACUUUUGGUGUUUUAAAUUUGAACUUAUGAGCUAGCUUUAUGAUGGUUUGAU